CAAAAUAAAUUCAUAGCAAAACAAAAUUAAUAGUAAUAUCACUGGAAUGUGUGAAGAAGGUGAUCAAAUUUUCUUUUAUUUUGCAAUAUAAGGUCUAAAACGAUGGAAAGCGAAGAGGAAGUUCAUAGUGACGAUGGAUCUUUUGAAUUAGUCAAUAGCGAUGACUAUGCUAGUGAUAAAGACAAUCACAACAUGUCUGACGGAUCGUAUGACUUUCUUUGUUCUGAAGUGUCUGAAACACUUGUUUUAGAUACAGAGGAGUUAGAUAGUAAAACUGAUUCUGACAAAAACCCUUUGAAGGAAAUUGCCACUUUUUAUUCUGAUCUGGAAGACAUGGAAUUCAAGACUGGAAACUGUUCUGAUGCUGCAAAACGAGAAGCGAAAGGAGAUGUGGAGUUCAAAGGUGCAAGCAGUUCUGAUGCUCCAAAAGAAGCGGAUUCUGUUCCUGCGAAAGAAGUAGAAAAGGUGGAUGUGGGAUUCAAAGAUGCAAGUGAUUAUGAUCCUAUUAAAGAGGAAGAAAGUGAAAAGGAUUUAAAAAGCGCAACUGAUUGCGACCCUGUAGUAAAAGAAGUGGGUGGAGCAGAGAUUGAUAUUGAUUCCACUGAAGAUGAGGAAAUGCAGGACCGUGAUAUAGAAAACGCUCUUGUCCCAUUUGUCCAACCAAAUACUAUAAAAAUCAAUAAGGGUAGAAAGCGCAGCUUAAUGGACAUGAUUUAUGAUAACUCAAACAUUGACUUUAAUGAGUUCCCUGCUCAUUUAAUGCUGAAACAAGACAUAAGAGACGUGGCAAAGAACCACAUCACCCGUUAUCUUCCUGCCAAAUCUUUAGCCAGGUCCCGGCUCGUGUGUAAGGAAUGGAACAGGUGGAUAUCCAGCCCGUUCUUUGCACAUUUGCAAAGCCAGUACUUCAGAAAAACUUCUGGUUUCUUUCAAGAUGAUUGUCCUAUUCGCUUCAUCUCAUCCAGUAAUCCUGCUUAUGGCGUUCCUCACCCUUCUCUAAGUUUCUUUCCGGUGGAAGUUACCAUCAGAAGCUCUUGCAACGGAUUGCUCCUUUGCCAAGCUGUUUACGGUGAUAAAGCGUAUUAUGUGUGUAAUCCCGCUACUAAGCAGUGGACCAGACUUCCAGAUUCUAGUUACUACCAUGGAGAAGAACCAAGAAUUGUGCUUGCAUUUGAACCUUCUUCUCUGAACUUUGGGCCAUGUUAUCAAGUUCUAUGCGCAUUCUCUCUUCCUGAUCCUCUUCAAGGGCCAAUUGUGUAUUUUGACAUGUAUGAUUCGGUAACACAAUCUUGGAAGGUGUCUGACAUGGUAUGUGUGGAUUUGGACCAGUCAGAUGUAAAAGGUGGUGGGAUAUUUGUAGAUGGCAUUGUUUAUUGGGAAACUUUGGGUUGCGAGUUAUUGGCCUUUGAUUUGAAAAACGAGAUCUAUGGAGUUCAAAAACUCCCUUUUGUUGGAGGUGGUGGAUUAGUGAAGAUCUUUGGAGAGAUUUGCUAUGUCAAUGCUCACUAUCAUCAUCCCAUGAGAUCAUGCAUAUUGGAUGUUUAUGGUGGCAGUGUGAUGUCAUUGAGAAAGACGAUGUAUAUUAAAGUUUCUCUUGGUGACAUUGAAGAUGGUGAGUUACUGAAUUGCAGUGUUGUUCCUAAUUCAUCUGAUGAUGCUGUGGUGGGUGUCAUUGUCGAGAACUCUGGAGGGCGGAAAUAUCUCUAUGUCCACCGUGUGAAAGAUCAAAGAACUCAAGGGCCGUGCUUUCUUCUGGGCUCGAAAAACCUGUUUGCCUAUGUCAACAGCCUUGCCAAUCUAAAUGCCUAGAUACUAUAAGUCCAUCUUUUUUGUUUUUUUGUUAACAAACUUUUAGGUAGACUAAUUAGAGGGAUGGUUUUGCCUCUAUGAGGUCUGUGGUAUGUAGAUACAUAUACUUUUUCUUGUGAAUCACUGGAUAUCUUUGAGACGUUUA